CCGACCGAGCGAUCCUCUGGUUCUUUGAAACCCGCAAAAAAGUAUUUUUCUAAAGACAAAAAUAAUGGACAGAGGCGACAACCCCAGCGCCGCGAUAUGUGGGUUAUGUGGAGAGGCAUACGCUCUGCCUGAGGAUGAAGUCGACGGCAACCUCCCUCGUGUGCUUCUAUGUGGCCACAUCUACUGCACAUCUUGUCUGCUGUCCAUUGAAUGUGACAGUACCAUUAGCUGUCCAGACUGUGAGGUUGAAUCGAACCUCCCUGAAGGCGGAGUGAACGCUAUGCCAGAAGAUAGCCGGAUCAUAGGCCUCAUCUACACUGCCAAAAUGAACAAGUUGAAAAGCGAUCGCUGUGAGAAAUUCAAGUAUCGCAGAAGGAACAAGUUAGUGUCCAAGGACGUGGUGCAGCCAGUGGAUGUUGUGAAGACUGAGAGGGCUGUGGACGAGGCGUUGGCACAGGGAGCAGAAAAUCAUGCUCUUCUAGAAAACAUCCAUGAGACCCUGAAGACCGGUCUGGAAGAACAAGUAAAAAGUGACAGAGCUCGUCUAGAGAUUGAGAUAAAGCAAGCAGCAGACAAGGCUAUACAUGCUGUUCAAAAGUGGAAGGAUGUGCAGUUGAAUCAGCUGUCGAAACUGGAGGCGCGGUUCUCUAACAGCCAAGCAGAGCUGUGCUGUGUCCAGGAGAGGAUCAGGUCUCUGGGGAUCGCUAUGCAGAUGGCCCGAGAAGUACGCAGAGUUCCCUUCCUUGUGAAAUACUGCACCCUGGAUAAGGUUUUGGAGACGUUGCAGGCUCCUGUGGACAAGCAGUUAUUUGAUAUGGAAUGCAUUACUAUGGGCUCUGGACUGAGCUAUAUUUUCCAGCCAGAGAGUCUAAACCAGAACCUGGUGUUGUCUCUGAAAAUGGAUACAAGUUAUCCAAAACGGUGCUCCUUGCAGCAUGCAGAGACUGGGAACAGUAACAAUAUCUCACCCAGACACAACAAGCCCCUCAGGCCACAAAAACAGGACCAGGGGAGUCCGAGAGCCAAAUGCUCAUUGCCACUAGCGUUCUCUUCAAGCCAGAGACCUCGUCAGAGAGUGAACCUCUCCAACCGCAGCUCCCCCUCAGACCUCAGAAGUCCAGACGUGAUCGUGGAGGAGAUUAUAGACGAGGGAAAAGGGCAUGCUCACCCACCCACUGGCCCUGAACUGGCUAAUGACAAAUGGAGAAUCCAAAAUAGAAGGAAAAAUCUGAAUCAGAUUACCGGCAAUAAGAGAAAUGUCACCCAGUGGGUUGUGGUCUCCCACAUUUUGAACCCAAGUCACUUCUAUGUCCGCUACGUGGCUGAGAAGAGGGAGAGCGAGUUGCUCUCCAGGAGGAUUAACCACUUCUGCAGCAGGGAGAGUUGUCGCUUCACUUCCCGUGACAGAGUGGAGACUGGCUCCCUGAUCUUUGUGAAGCAGAGGGAGGGACUCUGGUGUCGGGCCAGUGUGGUCGCACUCACACAGAGCGGAUGUGCAGAGUCUGUUAAAGUCUGCCCAGUGUCCCAACUGGCCAGCAUCAGAGUCUUCUUUAUUGAUGGUGGCCAAACCAGAAGCUUCACCAUACAGAGUGAAGAGGGAUCCUCUGAGUCGUCACUAAAGGCAGUCAACAACCACCUGAGGAAGGUGUGUGAGUUUGGGCAAGCAGAGCUGGGUCAGUUUGCUCCUCAGGCCAUCAGGUGCUCAUUCAAAGACCUGGUCCCAUAUGACUUGUCAAAGGGCUGGACUGAGAAGGCACAGGUGGAAUUCCGCUCUGUGGUUGGCUCUGCGGCAGUGGAAAUGCGUCCUUUGAGUCUGGACAGAGACUCUUUACUGGUGGACUUAAGAAAAGCUCCCAUGGACCAGUCGAGUGAUGUGCCAAUCUCUAUCAGAGAGUACCUCGUCUUCAUUGAAGUGGCCAGGUUUUAUUCUCCAGUGUCUCUGGGCAGGAAGCCCCUAUCGUACUACCCUCCUGUGUAUCCCAAGGUCAACAAAGAGGUCAAUGCUGUGGUGUCUCACAUCAACAGCCCUGCUGACUUCUACAUCCAGCUGGCUGACAACAUGGAGUUCUUUUUGCUGUCAGCGAAGCUCCAGGAGUGUUACAACGCGUCAACAGUGAGUGAAGAAGAUGACCUCAAAGUCUACUGCCCUGUGAUAGAACAGGCGUAUGUCGCCCGCUUUGAGGACAAGCGGUGGUACAGAGCUCAAGUCGUAGGUCUUCCUGGGGGAAGAAAAGUGGAGGUGCGCUAUGUGGACUUUGGCAAUAAGACAAUCUUAUCUGUCAGUGAUUUGAGGAAGAUCAAGGACGAGUUCUUUGCACUUCCUUCAAUGGCUAUACAGUGCUGUUUGUCAGAUGUGAGACCUGUGGAUGGAGAGAGCUGGACUGAAGCCUGCACCGACAGAUUCAUCAGCCUGGCUCAUCAGAAACUGGUCACUAUUGUUGCCACAGGACCGGUCCUUAAGUCGAAGCCUCUGCCAGUCAAACUGUUCGAGAGCAGUCUGAACGGGCCACUCGCUAACAUAGCCGAGCUGCUGGUCCAAGACGAGCUCGUCUGCUUCAAAGAGGAACCUAAGUCAGAGAACUCCAGGCCUGCGGGUGAUGACUCCGCCAUUUGGGACCCUCCACUUGAGCUUGAUGCGGCUCCAGAGGGCGUUAGUACCCCGGACCAGAAUACCAGCGGAGAGCAGAAUGUGGAGCCGGUGGAGUUUGAGCCUCAGCUGAAGCUUCCUGCCGACCUCAAAGAUCUGAAAGUCAGAGUGAGCCAUGUCAGUUCACCGAGCAGUUUCUACGUCCAGCUCACCCAGUACGACUCUCAGCUCAAAAGGAUGUGUGAGCUGGUAAGGAAGGAGUGUGCGCUCAUGGAGUCCGACGAUGAUGCGGUGUGGAAGGCAGACGUGUACUGUGCUGCUCAGAUUAACGGGGUUUGGGAGAGAGGGCAGAUCUGCUCUGACAUCACAUCCAGCAAGAUUGCAGAGGUUCUGCGCUGUGACCAUGGAAACAAGGUCAAGGUCCACGCCAGCAACCUGCGGACGCUGCCAUCGUACUUGAUCGGUUCUCUGGCGCUGGAGUGCACGCUGACCGACAUCAGGCCAGCAGGGGGCCGAUCCACCUGGACCGCUACAGCCUGCGAUUUAAUCUCCUACUACCUGACCGGAGCCUCGGCUGUUAUGACCAUCAAGGAGCUGACGGAUGAGCGUCCACAGCCCGUCAUUCUGUUCUGCUCCAAUAGGAUGGGACAGUUUGUCAGCAUUGCAGACUUUCUGGCCAGUGAGGGGCUCGCCCUGCGGGAGAGGAAACCCAGAGACGCUGAAGAUCAAAAGCCACAAGAGGCUGAUGCGCCGUCUCCAGUGAGCGUGAAACAAACUGGUGGUCCUGAUGGAGACAAAAAAAACACACCAUCAGCUUGCAGCCUUCUUCCUAUCCCUGAUCAGUCCUCCCUGGUCAGCGGUCCGACCCACCCAAAACCUGCCCCCCGGAUCAUCAUGUCUGCUGAGAAGGUGAAAACUCAGUUGUACCAGCCCCCGGAGCUGCCAUGCCUCGGUCACAUCCAGACUAGUGUUUCUGCCAUCGGAGAGGACGGCAUCAUUUACGCCAGAACGCAGAAUGCAGAGUGUCAGCUGGAGCCGCUCAGGGAGAGGAUUCAGAAGAGCAUGAAGACUUUGCCCAGACAGAAGCCCUACACCUGGAAGUCGGUGCUGGGCUGUGCCGUCAUCGGAUCGGACAUGUUGUGGUAUCGAGGACAGCUGCUGGAGGUGCUGGGGGGACACGUUAAGGUACAAUACGUGGAUUACGGUCUGGUGGAGAACAUCCCGGUGGUCCAUGUGUACCCGAUGCUGCUGUGUGACGAUGUUCCUCAGCUCUGUAUGCCCUGCCAGCUGCACAGCAUAAACCCUGUUGGUAGUCGGUGGCACCUCGACGCUGUGGCCUUGCUGAAGGAGUUGUUGCUGAACCGUUGUGUGGACGUGCAAGUCAUGGAGCUGCCGUCUGACCCGAGGGGGCCACUAGCGGUUGAGAUCUUCCUAGACGGGAUGAGCCUCAGCCAGAUCAUGUGUCACCACGAACACGCCUCCAUGGAGCGCCCAGUUCCAGCACAGAAGGGACGUGGCAUGAUAAUUCCUCCUCCUCUCCUGGACGAUUGGGACAUCGACACUGAGGGUCUGCGGGACCCAGAGGAGCCGAUGCUAGGGCCCUUCAUGUACCCACAACUGCCGCAGGAAGGAGAGCACUUCAAAGUCAGAGUGAUGCACCUGUGGACCCCAAAUGAGCUGUUCCUGUGGCCUUUGGAGGGAAGUGGCGAUGUGGAGGUGGACGGAGAGACUCUGGAUGAGGCUCUGACCAGAAUCAAUGAGGACAUCAACGGUCUGCCUCGACUCAGCAGCUUCCCUCACGGCAGCCCGUGUCUGGCAGAAUACAGUGACGGGCAGUACUACAGAGCAAAGCUGAUCAGGAUCACCAGCGUGGAGCCCGUCAAGAUCCUGGUCCAGCACGUCGACUUUGGCUCUGACGACACUCUGCCCCUGAGCAGGCUGCGUCAGAUGCCGGCAGAGCUGCUGGGCUUUCCGUCAAGGGCGCUCAAGGUCAAAGUCGCCGGCUUCAAGGCUCCAAAUGUCAAGCUGGAGGAAGGCAUGCUGCCCUACAGCCCCGGCUGGAGCGUGAAGGCUACAAUGGCCAUGAUGGUGUUACACAGCAACAUCACAGCCUCUGUUGUGGCGCAGGAACCAGAGCUCACAGUGCUUCUGUACAAUGAGGAGGAAGAGCUGGUGCAUCUGUCUCUGGUGAGCAGGGGACUGGUUGAACUCGCCUGAAAGCAGAGCAGAGUCGUGCUGUUUUGUUCAUAUCUUCAUUUUGUUGCCGUUUUAAGUUUUUAACUGUCCCACAUAUUAUGUCAACCUUUACUUUCACUAUGUUCCUGUAAUAACAGAGAUUUACUUUGAAGUUUGGCUGUGGUGUUUGAGUGAGCCGCGUUGACUUUGCACUUAGUUUUUUCUGGUCUUUUGACUCGUGUGAGACGACUUGUUUGUGUGAAGGUGAGAUUAAAUCUUCCG